CUAUGUUAAACCUAACCCUAAUAGUCAGUGUACUGUACGCUCAGUGUACUACCUAUAGUCAUUUUCGAUACUGCAUAUAUGAUUAACGAUAGCGAACUAGAACAACAACAACAACAACAAGAAGAAGAAAACAGUGUUGAAAACCAUCGAUUAAUACUAAAACAGGCUCAUAUUAUUUUGAAAAAGGUACAACAACUCCUUUCUAUGCCAACUUACCGGAGAAUGGAAAAGGUACAAGUACAUGUCUGUACAAAUACAGAUAGCUAGGAAAUUAAUACGUAAAUUACAGAUGAGAUUUUGCACAAUCGAUAUUCCUUUUGAACCAGUUACCAGUCCAAAUUUUCACAAAGCUCAUAGUUAUGCAUGUGAAUACCCACAGAAGAGGAGUUAUCCAAAAUGGCAUUUAACAUAUGAAGAAUAUGCCACAGCUGUCAUCUGAAGAAACACAGACUGCGAACAGGAGAAAAUGAUUUCUAGAUAAACAUGUAAUCCAAGACGAUAUCUAAAGAAAACAAACAGAGAGAAAAGCUGUAAAAGUCCUGUUUCUGAUUAUGCUUCGAAUUACAGCACUAAUAUGAUGAGACAAAGGAGAGAAUAUACUGGAGAAAAAUGCUUCAGAUGUGAUGUUUGUGACUAUGCUUGUAAUCAAAGGGAUAGUAUGAAGAAACAUAGGAGAAUACAUACUGGAGAGAAAUGCUUUAAAUGUGAUGUUUGUGACUAUGCUUGUUAUGACGGCAGUAAUCUGAGGAGACAUAAGAGAAUACAUACUGGAGAGAAAGGCUUUAAAUGUGAUGUUUGUGAUUAUGCUUGUAAUGAAAGCAGUAAAUUAAAGAUACAUAUGAGAAAACAUACUGGAGAGAAGUGCUUUAAAUGUGAUGUUUGUGACUAUGCUUGUUAUGACAGCAGUAGUUUGAAGAUACAUAGAAGAAUACAUACUGGAGAGAAAUCCUUUCAAUGUGACUUUUGUGACUAUGCUUGUAAUCAGAGUGGUCGUCUGAACAAACAUAGGAGAAUACAUACUGGAGAGAAAUGCUUUAAAUGUGAUGUUUGUGACUAUGCUUGUAAUGAUGGCAGUAAAAUGAAGAUACAUAGGAGAAUACAUACUGGGGAGAAGUGCUUUAAAUGUGAUUUUUGUGACUAUGCCUGUAAUGACGACAGUAGAUUGAAGAUACAUAGAAGAAUACAUACUGGAGAGAAAUGCUUUAAAUGUGAAGUUUGUGACUAUGCUUGUAAUCAGAGGGGUAAUCUGAACAGACAUAGAAGAAUACAUACUGGAGAGAAAUGCUUUAAAUGUGAUGUUUGUGACUAUGCUUGUAAUGACAGGAGUUAUCUGAGGAAACAUAGGAGAAAACAUUCUGGACAGAAUUCCUUUAAAUGUGAUGCUUGUGACUAUGCUUGUAAUGAUAGCAAUAGUUUGAAGGUACACAGGAGAAAACAUACUGGAGAGAAAUGCUUUAAAUGUGAUGUUUGUGACUAUGCUUGUAAUAACGGCAGUAGAUUGAAGAUACAUAGGAGAAUACAUACUGGAGAGAAAAACUUUAAAUGUGGUGUUUGUGACUAUGCUAGUUAUAAUUGCAGUAGUCUGAAGAGACACAUGAGAAUACAUACUGGAGAAAAAUGUUUUAAAUGUGAUGUUUGUGAUUAUGCUUGUAAUGACGACAAUAAUCUUAGAAGACAUAGAAGAAAACAUGAGGGACAGAAAUAUUAUACACGUUGAUGUAAUGACGGCAGUAAUCUGAAGAUGCAAAGGAGAAAAAAGUUUUAAAUGUUUGUGACUGCAUGUAAUCGAAGUGGUAGUCUGAAGAUUCACAUGAGAAUACAUACUAGAGAGAAAUGCUUUUAACGCCAGUCUGUUGUAGGCUCUACACCAAAUUGUAGGAGGAGCUUUCUAAGAAUAAGUGAAUGUGAGUCAGGUCAAGAAAUGGUCAGUUUGUUCCAUCCUAAUGAAUCAGCUGACUGACUCUGAUAAAAGAUUAUAGCAGAGUUUUUGAUUCCUGUUGAUCAGCUACACAUGUACAUAAGGUCAGAGGAAGUAUUAAUAAUUUACUGCUAGAAUUAGUUGAUUGAAGAAAUUUGGGAGCUACAUAAUUGAUAGUUGAAUUCUAAACAGGCACUUUUAAAUCAUCAAGGCUGCUUAGUUGUUUCUGUAGUGAAAUUUAUUAUGGAUUUAAUUGGUACAUAUUAUUUGAUUUAACUUGAUCAGUCACAUUUUGUGAUUUGAAGUGUUAAUAGUCUUUAAUAUGGACUUGUGAAGUGUAAAUGAUACAACACAGUAAACAUUUGUAGGAAUAACAAUAACAAGUAAAGUUUGAACCAAUUUAUCGAAGAAAUAAUAGUAGCAUAGCAUGCAUAUUUAUAUGAAUUCAUUUUAUAACAGAUUAAUAAAUGAGUGUCAUUCAUCUUA